AUGGACAGCAUGCCGAAAGAUCUCACCAGUAGAAGCAGAGAUUUCGACAUCGAAAGCGCCGAGCCGUCGUCGCCGACAACGACGGUUUCAGGCCAACCGGCACUACCAGUGGCACCAAGAGGGAAAAGAGGGGCAGGGGAGGGGUGUACGGCGAGGAGACCGUCAGCAGCAGCCGCGUUGGAAGUUUUGUUUGCGGCUUGCGUCGGCAGCGCGCUAGACUUGGAUCAUUUCUUGGCCGCGGGCUCCGUGCGGUUGUCGAGGGCUACGGCUUUGGCGGGGCGCCCAUGGGGUCAUUGCGUGGCGGCGCUGAUCGUGGCGGCUUUUGCGGUGGCGGCCUUGACCCGCAACGCCCGAGCCGCAGUCUGCGUUUUCUCGGCCGGGGCUACGCACCAGCUGAGGGACUCCACGCGCCGCGGUCUGUGGCUGUACCCGCCCCGGGGGCCGAAAACGCCUCCGGGAAUACGCGGCAUCGACGAGGGCUGCCAUGUAGUCGUCGUAGACGCCGCGGCGAUGUUGCGUGUGUUCGCGUUAGGAGGGCCGGGAACGAGGAUGGAGACGGAGGCACCAGAGCUUCUUUUUCACUGUAGUAGUAGCGCCGUUUGGUAA